AUGGAACGGUACUUUCAGAGAAAGAGUUUAAAUCUUCCUUCAAAUAAUCUGGGUAGUUCAAAUCCUCCUUCGAAUCAUCUGUCUAGUUCCAACCCUCCUUCAAAUAAUCCGGCUAGUUCCAACCCUCCUUCAAAUAAUCUGGCUAGUUCAAAUCAACCUUCAAAUAAUCCGCCUACUGAGUUGGAUGAAAUAUUAGCUAAUCUUCCUGCAGACCCUGGCCUUAGACCUCCAAUGACUUAUUAUAAUCCCAAUUUUCGAGAACAAAUCCGAAGAGCCUAUCUGCAAAGGGGUCCUUGUCAGCCUAAAAGCCAAAACGAUAUGCCUCAAACACUUAUGGGGGAGAGUAAUCGACGUUUUCUUGUGAAAUGGUUUGAUUCAUUUGUUUGGUUAGAGUAUAGUAAAGAGAAAGAUGCUGCAUUUUGUCUUCAUUGUUAUCUUUUUAAAUGCGACUUUGAUAAACAAGGAAAGGCUGGAAGCGAUGUCUUCACUGAGAAAGGGUUUAAAAAUUGGAGGAAGGGACCUGAGAAUUUUAGGGACCAUGUUGGACAAGUUGGAAGCCUUCACAAUAAAGCUACACAACAUUGUAUAGAUUUAAUGAAUCAGAAGCAACACGUUGAAACCAUUGUGAUCAAGCAGACAGACCAAGCUCGUGUUAAUUAUCGCAUUCUAUUAACUGCCGCACUUGAUUGCACUAGAUAUUUAUUACGACAAGGUCUUCCUUUUCGUGGCCAUGAUGAAAGUGAAACAUCUAGCAAUAAAGGUAAUUAUGUGGAGCUUUUGCAAUUUCUUGCCGAUCAUGAUGAGAAAGUUCGUGCCGUUGUGUUUGAGAAUGCUCCAGGGAAUCUCAAGUAUAUUGCUCCUAACAUUCAAAAAGAACUUGUCAAUUCUUGUGCUAUUGAAACCAUUGAUGCAAUUAUUAGGGAUAUAGACGAUGCAUUCUUUUCUAUAUUGGUAGAUGAAUCACGUGAUGUUUCAAUAAGAGAGCAAAUGGCGGUGGUGUUGCGUUAUGUGAACAAAAAAGGGCAAGUUAUUGAAAGGUUUGUGGGUGUCCAAUAUGAUACGGCUAGUAAUAUGAGAGGUGAGCUCAAUGGUCUUAAAACACAGAUUUUGAGAGAAUAUCCUCAGGCAUAUUAUGUCCAUUGUUUUGCACAUCAACUACAACUAGCUCUUGUAGCCGUGGCAAAGGGUAAUGAAAACAUUGCUACUUUCUUCACAACGGCUAGUAGUGUUGUUAACAUUAUUGGAGCAUCGUGUAAGCGUCGUGAUGCACUUAGAGAGCAACAACAAAAAGAUAUUAUGAAAGCUCUUGAAAUUGAUGAUCUUGAAACAGGGCAAGGGUUAAAUCAAGAGACUACUCUCAAACGUCCUUGUGAUACACGUUGGAACUCACAUUAUGAUACUUUACUGAGUAUUAAUACUAUGUUUCAUCCCCGUGGUGAAGGUGCUUGA